CACAUUUAACAUCCGGGAGUUUCAAUAUUCCACGACUGCAAAGUCAAGAUGGCCGCGCACUGUGUCCACAAAAUUUGGUUCUAUGUUAUUCAAGCUAUUUUACUGUUUGAGCAAGGUUCAGUUUCCAGCGAAGAGGUUCGGAUGAGACUGGUAGAGGAGCCUAUAAAUCUUGGCAACCAGCAAUGGAAUGCCCCAGCUCAGCCUAAAUCUCUUUUUCCAACAGUUCAAUUUUCAAAUUUUACAGGUCCACCACAUUUACGAAGAUUAGUAGGAAGAUGCUUUUCAUUAGUUGAAAAUGAUUACAAGUAUGAAUUAUGCCCGUUUCAAAAUGUAACACAACAUGAGCAGAGCUUAAGAUGGAACCCCUACAGUGGAAUACUGGGGAUAUACGAAGAAUGGGAUAUUGUGAAUAAUACAUUCCAGUCCAUGAUAUUCAGAGAUGGAGAUACGUGUGGACAGAAAAAUAGACAAGUUAAAGUACAACUGAAAUGCGGUACAAAGCAUGAGUUAGAACAUGUAGGGGAGCCUGUCACAUGCGAGUAUGCUAUGGUUUUCCGUACGCCACUUGUUUGCCAUGAACAUUCAUUGCUUGUUUAUCCCAAUUUGAGUGAAGAUCAACAAGCAGAGUGGAAUGAGUUAGAAGGGAGGUUGUAUAGAGAAGAAGUCACCCAACAGGGCUAUAAGAAGAUGCUGCAUACUAUCUUUGAGUCUGCAGGGUAUGUCCUAAACCCCAAACAGAGGCCCCUUCCUGCCAAACAAGAUCAUGAGACGCAUCCUGAUGAUUUCACCAGUCUGGACACAUGUAAAGACGAAUAUAGAAAACUCAACGCUGAGAUAGAAACGUUGAAAUCACAACUCGAAUCAAGACAAAAUGACCCAGACACAAAUAACUUGUAGUUGUGGUCAGCCCCAUUUGUGUUCGAUUCAUAGAAGCAGUCGGUAUGUCAGUCAACUUGGACGGUGAUUACGAUAGAGAUGAUAUCUACGAUCAGGAUUGAUAGAAAGCCGACAGUUUUUCGCAAGUCGCAACGACACCCGGUCCAUUUCCUGUGAGAAAUUCCUAUCAAAAUGUGAAGCAAACUUAUGUGGUAUUCUGAUAUUGUCACAUACAAGUACUCUCUCUUAGAGAGCUGUCGACCAGUGUGUUGUAAAUUUUUCAAUCACAAUGUGGCAGUUGGCUUUUAAUUGGUAAAUUGUCUUUCUAGUUUUUUUUUUUUGAAGUACAUCAGAAUGAUCUUUGUUGUUGUUGAUUUUUGAAUUCAUAUCCUUUAUCAUGGUAGCCUGAUUCAGACAAUAAAGUUUUAUAUUAAAAUGAAUGCAUACAUGAAUUAUAAAUUAAAAAGCAGCUUGUCAUUUUUGUAUGUGAUGAAACUCAAAGAAAACUUAUUUUACUUCUUUUACUUCACAACAUGUGUGUAGCUUAUGGAACUUCAGCCUUGGCCAGACAUUGCCAUUGAUAUUGCACAUCUAGAUAUAGAUACAUUUCUAUUUAUAAAAAUCGUGAAAUAUGUUUUUUGCCAUCUGUUACACGCUUUUGAUGUUAAUGUACAUCGUACACCAUAUACAAAACAGUUUGUAUAACUCUUUUAAAACAUUUGUAUAAUGUCUUUUACUCCUUCUUUUGAUGCCUCCGCAUGUCAGGCACUCAAAGGUCAAAGGUCACGGGUCAAUAUAAAUGUGCUAAAAUAUUGUGCUAGUGCAUAUUACUUCAUCAAAAUUAGGCAGGGUCUGCAAAUGAGGGCUACCUCCUUUAAUCCAAUAAUUAAAAAAUACUGAUUAUGUUGCAGGUGGAGGCAUAUAUUUGACUGCGUGGAGUCGAUUUUUAAUAUUUUCUUCUUUUAUGUACUAAGUGUAGCUGUAUUUUAGCAUAAUAUCAUUGAAUACUAGCAUGGCUCUUUAGGCUAUUGAAUCCUUACUGUGAACAGAAUAAGAAAUCAGAAAUUAACAGAGAUGUGUAAUAAAAUUCUUCAGCUUUGUGCAUCAUGGAGCAUUGGCAAAUUUACAAGUGAAUGUACAUACUCUUUUUUUUUUAAUGCUUGUAUUAUCUAGAUGGUAAGAAUAAUGGAUAAGAUCGUUAUUACAUUUCUUGGUGGAAAAACAAAAAAUUAAUCAAUUUGUGUCCAAGAAUCCAAUCACAUUCUGAGACAUUGAAAGAAAAAAAGACUAGAUUUUUCUUGUUUGAAACACUGAACUCUUGCAAUUUCUUGGAAUGGUACACAGAAUGAUAUUUAUCAUUUGUGAUUAUAAAGCUGGUCAAGGUGCUUUUGUGUUUUUCGUAAACAACAGUUUUUAAUCAACAAAUUGAAGUGUCAAAUCCAUGCUAAUGAGAUAUGCUAUGUUACAUGAUAUGU